UAUAAAUCUCAGUUUUUUUCCAAAUUUUUCUUAAAAAAAACCAUUAAUGACUCUGAAACACUUAAAAAAACAAGAUCAAAGGGUAGAUAAGGUAUAUCGUACAGAAGAUGCAUUGAGCAAGGAAUUUCAUGGAUUAUCAGAGAUAACAAGGUAUACUGGAAUGAAUGGAGAAGAAGAAGAAGAGGAAGAAAGCGGUGGGAUUUAUUCGGUUGAAUCGGGAGAAGAAAUUUUAAAAUCGGGAGUAAUUAGAAGAGAUGAGGAGAUUCACGAUGCAGGAGGACAUAAACCUAUAGUUGGAUCGGAAGAAUGGCAUCGAGUUAGAAGAUCGAAUCAUAAAGAAGUAGAACGUCGACGACGAGAAACAAUUAAUGAAAGUAUAUCGGAAUUAUCAAGGAUUGUUCCGGGAUGUGAAAAAAAUAAGGGAAAAAUUCUUGAAAGAACGGUUUCAUAUAUACAGCAAUUGAAGGAAAAUGAAGCAAAUAAUAUAGAGAAAUGGACAUUAGAAAAGCUUCUAACGGAUCAAGCAAUUUCUGAGUUAAGUGCUACAAAUCAAAAAUUAAAGGCUGAAUGUGAUCGAUUAUGGAGAGAAGUUAGUGUAUGGAAACAAGCUGCUACAUGUGGAAUAAAUAAUGAUAAAGAUGAAAAAAAAGAUGACCCUAUUUCUAAUGUUAGAGCUGAGAAAAUGGAUUGAUGCAUUGGUUUAAACGUAAAAUAAAUAUGUAUUAUGUCUUUAUAUGUAUUAUAAAAUG